CCCCCAGUCAACAGAAAUCCAAAGUGUCUCGUCGCUAUGACGACACGCAGUUCCUUCCUGUUGUUACACUGAGCUGGAGGCAGGAGCUUAACAAGGAGAGCACAGCGAGGGGCUGCAAGCAGGACAAUAGUGCAAGUGGAGUGCAGCGAGGGCCCGGAGAUUGGCCAGAGGAUGUUGCAGCCUGGCAAUUACAGUCUGGUGCUGUCUCUGCAGUUCCUGCUGCUGUUUUUUGACCUUUUUGUCAAUUCCUUCUCUGAACUCCUACGGGAUCCCCCAGUUAACCAGCUUGUACUGUUCAUAUUGCAGGAUGUGGGCAUUCUGUUUGCGGCCAUCGUCUUGUUUCUCAUGUUGUUUAACACGUUUGUGUUCCAAGCCGGGCUGGUCAGUCUCCUGUGUCAGCGGUUCCAGGUUACAGUCAUUCUGUGCGCAGUCUACAUAGCGCUGAGCAUCUCGCUGCAUGUCUGGCUCAUGAACCUGCGAUGGACAGGCGCAAACCGUUUUGUCUGGUCGGAUGGAUUGCUGGCUCUAUUUGUUCUGCAGAGGUUUGUUGCUGUGUUGUACUUCUACUUCUACAAGAGAACGGCUUUAAGCAUGGGAGACUCUCGCUUUUACCAUGACUCUCUCUGGCUGAGGAAGGAGUUUGCCCGCGUGCGAGGAUGAUCCAGGUUACAGAAUGAGUUAUUCUACAUAUCUACCUAUCCCUGAAGCAUUUUUUGCUUAUUUGGAUUGAUACAUUCCCUGUGGCCAAGCACGUGGCACAUACACAUAGAUGUAUGGAUUGAGGAAUCACAUACCUCCCAUGGAGAGCGGACACAUUUCAUUACUAAGCCAUCAGAUACCGGGCUUCACAGUAAGGGGGGAAUCCUUUCUCCUGUUUGUUGACUCAAACCUGAACAUUUUUAUAAAGACAACUUUGGCAAAUGAAUAUAUUUUAGUAUAAGAAACAGUACAUUCCCCUGAGUUAGGUUGUUUAUUUGCUUAGUUUGGUUUUGUAAUUAUUUCCUUGUGUGGAGAAUUUCCAUUACAACAACGGCUCAGUUAUUUGCACAAUAAAUUUCACUUUCCUUACAGUA